AUGUUCUCGCGCGCUCUGCGAGUCCCGAGAGCCGCAGCGCCUUUAGCGCGUGUCCGAGCUGCCAGACCUGUCGCUAUCGCACCUUUUCGUUCAGUCACUACAAACGCUGCUAGCUCUCAUGCUGACAAGAACGACGUCCCCGAUGCCGACGAUAAGCCCUUCCAAGUCACCUUAAGUGACGAGAGUUUCGAGACAUAUGAGCUCGACCCCCCUCCCUAUACUCUCGACGUCACCAAGAAGGAGCUUAAGCAGAUGUACUACGACAUGGUCGUUGUCCGACAAAUGGAGAUGGCUGCCGACCGAUUGUACAAGGAGAAGAAGAUUCGAGGUUUCUGUCAUCUUUCCACAGGUCAAGAGGCUGUCGCCAUCGGUAUCGAACACGCAUUGACCAAGGAGGACGAUGUCAUUACCGCCUACCGAUGCCACGGUUUCGCCCUGAUGCGCGGAGGUACCGUUAGAUCCAUUAUUGGUGAGCUACUGGGCCGACGUGAGGGUAUCGCCUACGGAAAGGGUGGUUCUAUGCACAUGUUCACCAAAGGCUUCUACGGCGGUAAUGGUAUCGUCGGUGCUCAGGUCCCCGUCGGUGCUGGCUUGGCUUUUGCGCACAAGUACAACAACACCAAGAAGGCCGCUGUUAUCUUGUACGGUGACGGUGCCAGCAACCAGGGUCAGGUUUUCGAGGCUUUCAACAUGGCUAAGCUAUGGAACUUGCCCGCUCUAUUCGGCUGCGAGAACAACAAGUAUGGUAUGGGUACUGCUGCUGCUCGAUCGUCUGCUCUUACCGACUACUAUAAGCGUGGUCAGUACAUCCCUGGUCUUAAGGUAAACGGCAUGGACGUCCUUGCCGUUAAGGCCGCUGUCAAGUACGGCAAGGAAUGGACCGUUGCCGAAAACGGCCCUCUGGUUCUUGAAUACGUCACAUACCGAUACGGUGGCCACUCCAUGUCCGACCCUGGUACCACGUACCGAACCCGUGAGGAGAUCCAGCGCAUGCGAUCGACCAACGACCCCAUCGCCGGCCUUAAGCAGAAGAUCCUCGACUGGGCAGUCUGCACUGAGGAUGAGCUGAAGACGAUCGACAAGGAGGCCCGCAAGCACGUCAAUGACGAAGUCGCCAUCGCUGAGGCCAUGCCCGUCCCCGAGACCACGCCGCAAAUCCUGUAUGAGGACAUCUACGUCAAGGGAACGGAGCCGCAGUUCAUGCGUGGCCGCAUACCCGACGAGAACUUCUACUUCAGCUCGUAA